AUCAAAGCCCAACUUAACAUUUGGAUCUGUUUUGUGUGGGAGUGAGCCCAAUGCCACUGUAGAGAGAGAGAGAGAGAGAGAGAGAGAGAGAGAGAGCUGCAUCGACUGAUAGUGAAAGCUGCGAUGGAUACUGUGCUCUCCACUCUCAGUCAGGCCCUAGCUUCGUACUCCGAGCUGAUUGUAGCUGGCGAUUACGUCGCUUCGGAGCAAUCGAUUGCAGAGCUCGUCAAAUUCCUCCAUUCGAUCUCUGAAUCGCUAAUAGCGGAAGAAGAGCCUCAGUAUUCGGAAGAGUUGGCUGUUGAAAUUAUCACCCAAAUUCAUCGAUACGUGGCCGCACCUGCGCUUGGACAGGAGAUUAUCGAUGCGUUAGCUUUUGAGUUGCCCAAGGCUGUGGCGCGGCUUGCUUGUGUAUCGUCUAGGUGUUUGGAGGUGGCAGAAGGUGUAGUUGAUUUGUUCGUGGAGAGAUGUAGUCCGCGGGAGAUGCUUUCGAUUUUACUGGAGGCAAUAUCAUCUCUAAGUGAUCCAUUCAUGAGUCCUUGUUGCUUCGUACCUCUUCUUGGCGGGCUCAUGAAAGUUAUCGUAUUAAUUCAGAGGCGGCUCUAUGAACAAGUGAAACAUGCAGUUCCAAUCAUUCUUAAUGUUUUGACAACCAUGUGCUUGAAGUCAGAUGAUGAAGAUACAGAUUUUGAGAAACUGUUCCAUAGAGCAACUGGCAUUGCCUGCUCUAUAAGAACUAUCAGUGUAAAGUUGGAAGGCGAGGACAACAGGAAACUCAAUGCUUUGUUAGGCCUAUAUGUCUUGCAGAUCAUGGCUCUUGUUUCAUGUGGAAUGACAAGGGACAUAUCAAGAUGUCGUCCUGUGGUGCUGCAGUUGUCUGACUUCCUUCCCCAUUGUGAUUUGUCUUAUAUCGGUCUGGUAACAGGAUGUGAGGUUGAUAAGAUCUCUAAACUAGUUAUUGGAGAUGAUAGUGAAGUUGGUGUGGAUUGCUUUUCUCAAGUGAAGCUUGGAGCAGUUCUUGCUGUGAUUUGGGGCUUCGGGGCUAGUGAGAUUGCUGUCGCUGCCAAAGCUGAUAUGACCUCUGUCUUAAUGGAACUUAAAGGUAACUGGACUAGAAGAUGGGAGGCAGUAGGCAUGUUGAAGUACCUAUUCUCAUAUGCUAAUCUGCCAUGGGCAUUGAAGUGGGAUGGUAUAAGCUUCCUUGCAUGCAUCAUGGAUGGCAUUGUGUCAAACAAAGACAAUGAUUUUGUGGACUACUCAUCACAUAUGCCAACUAUGUAUGCCAGCUUGAAGGUUGUUGAAAUGGUUAUCAUGUAUGCUCCAGAUUCGGCACUGAGGAAGAAAACAUUUAUGACAUUCAAGAAGAUGCUUGCAGAUAUCCCAACUCCUUGGAGAUUUUCUGUCUUAAUGGCUUUGAUCAAGAAUAGCAACUCUCCUUCUAUGACUGGAAUACUUAUAGAUUGUGUCAGAGAGGAAAUGCACUUGGAAAAGGUCAAAAGAAAUGCAUCAGUGGACACCGUCCCGAAUAGCGAAGUCAGUCAAUCUUCAUCGUUUUGGAACCCAUCUGUGCUAGAAUUGGUACAAAUGGUUCUCAGGCCUCCAGAUGGUGGACCUCCGUCCCUUCCUGAGGACAGUGAUGCAGUUUUAUCAGCUCUCAAUCUCUAUAGAUAUAUACUGAUCACCGAAUCAACAGGAAAUUCUAACAGUACCGGAAUAUUAGCAAAGGAGAACCUGCAGAAAGUGUACAAGGAAUGGCUUCUCCCGCUACGCGUAUUGGUGAGUGGAACCGUCUCAGUAAACAUGAGAGCAAACGAUGAUGAUACUGUGUGUGCUCUCAACCCCGUGGAGUUCGUUCUCUACCGUUGCAUCGAGCUCGUUGAAGAGAAGCUCAAACAUUUGUAACUUGUAGCAGAUCUUAGCUGUUCAUUCUAGGCAACUCACAUUUGUGUUGUAGCUGGACCUCUACUAUACUAGUUUCUUAUAGUGAGAUAACUGCUUUUGAAUAGUAAGAGUGUUUUUGAUGCGUUUAUAAAAGCUUCAAAAACAUUUUACCUUGUAUGUUCAUUAUUUGCCUAAAUCUGAAAUGCAUUCGGAUUUUCUGGUUAGUUAAAA